AUGCGCGCUCUUCGAGUUGCUAUCGGUGUUUCCGGCGGUGUUGAUUCAGCCGUCUCUGCGAGUCUUUUAAAGAAAGCCGGCCAUGAAGUCGUUGCAGUGCACAUGAUAAACUGGGACCCUCGUGAAGAAGGAACGUCAAAAUGCGACCAAUCUUUUGAUUCAGCUGUGGCUCGACGAGUUUGCCAACAUUUGGAUAUCCCCUACAAGACGGUGAACUUUGUACGAGAAUAUUGGAACGAGGUGUUUAGACAAAUGAUUGAUAACUACACGAUCGGACGAACCGUUGUACCGGAUAUUGCUUGCAAUCGCUUCAUCAAAUUUCAACACUUUCACGACUACUGUAUAAAGAAUCUUGACGCUGAUCUCGUUGCUACUGGCCAUUACGUUUCUACCUCGAUUGAAAGUGAAUUGAUGGCUGGCAAGAAUCCCUCAAAUUUGAAUGCCGACUUGUUGGCGGGAAUCGACCCAAUAAAAGAUCAAUCUUUCUUUUGUGUCUAUGAAAUCGCAAAGCAAGAAGGACUGAUUGAAGUAGCGAACAAGAAAGAGAGCAUGGGCAUAUGUUUUGUGGGAAAACGGAAGAAUUUCACAACUUUUAUGGAUCAGUACAUAGAGCCAAGACCGGGCCUGAUAAAAACGAUUGCUGGGAAAAUUGUCGCUGAGCAUACGGGUAUUCAUCAUUUCACUAUUGGAAAACGGGUACUUUAUCAGGGCGAUCACUUGGGGUAUUUUGUCGUCGAACUUGAUCCAAAAACAAACACCGUACUUGUGUGCAGUGGAUCACACCAUCCAAGGCUUUUUGCGCAAGAAUUUGUGAUCCGAACGCCCGAAUGGAUAUCGAUAAAUCCUUUGAAAAACCAUCUCGACGUGAGAUUUCGAAUUCAACGCACUCAUCCCGUAAUCAAAUGCCGUUUGGAGACAAGUCUCAAGGAUGGAAAAGAAGUAAUCACGGUAAAAACACAGAUUCCGGUUCGAGCCGUUGCCCCUGGACAGAUGUGUGUCUUCUACGCGGACCGCGUGUGCCUUGGCGGUGCGCAUACCGAAUUGAUCUUGUUGGUGAUCGUUUCCUCGACUCGUAUCCAACCAAUUCUCUACGAGGUUUUCUUUUGUUUCUCCGUUUUCGUUGAGCGUCUCGUCGCCACUCGAAAACUCGCCGUUUACGAGAAAUCGAAAUAUUGGCCUCUGUCGACAUUGUUGAUUCUGUUGAAUACUCUCGUCUCAAUCAUUUGCACCUAUGCGAUCAUCUAUUAUCUCUACGAUCACUACUUUUUGAUAUUGUUCAUCUUUUUUCCGAUCAUCGCUUUCAUCGCUUUGUUCUCGUUUUGGUGCCUCCAUCAAUUGUAUCUCUGGAAUCAUCGAGAAUUACAAACAAUGACAUCAUUUGUUGAAGUGAAAAAUUUUCACGAGAAAACCUAUGCAAACGAUGCGUAUUUGAGUCGACGAUUUCAGUUGACCGAAAAUAUUGAAGUGUUGAAGUUAAUGCACACGAUUUUUAAAGUGCACUCGGUGUGCAGUCUAGUCGGAGUAUUUCUCAGCGGGAUUCCCAUGGUUUUCCUCGAUUUCAACACCGAAAUCGCGCAAAUGAUGCUCGUUUUUUUCGAUUUAGUUAUCAUUGUG